AGGGGGACGGACACAACAAGAUAACAUGUUGCCUGGGUUUUUAGUCUUCCACAAAUGAGGACAUUUCAAGUUGGAAAUAUUUAGAUUUUGUGAGGAUUCUAGAGGAAACCUGCGGGACGAGGUGUGAUCCUUUUGGGAUUUUAUCAAGGAGGAUAUAUUUUGAUUGUUGGUAACUUUUGGAAAGAGCCAAUGGGUGCCAAGUUUACCAUCUGCUGCUGUCAGUACUAUCUGAAACACAACAGGGAGGAGAAGAAUGCUAUUUUGCGUAUGCGCAACACCAAAGCUUCCAGAAAACCAGUGCAGAUAUCCAGCGAGUCCAGCGACAGUGACCCAGAAGAGGAGAGCCUUUUUGGGCCACGGCCUUCGAGAAGGCACACAACCAGACCCUGUGACUCUCCCAUCAGGAGAGGGUCGGACAGAGAGUUACAGGCUUUUAUCAACAUGAGAGACCAGGCUGACAAGGCUACAGAGGAAUGGGAGAAGCUGAAUUAUGACAUAUACAGUUUACGCUACGCCAGACGAGAAGUCAGAUCUCGAUGGAAGAAAAUCCUGCUGCAGCUGGGUUAUCAGUGCGAGGUGGAUGCCUUGCUGUGCGUGAACAAACAGAGACGGUUCAGUCGAGAUCAGGAGCAUCUUAUCAAAGCCACUGAACUGUUGAAACAGCUGCUGGACCAAACCUCUCUGUUUCCUCCAGAAACUGACCACCAGAGCAAAUACCUCUGUGUCAUGGACCGCCUCGUGUCACUGGACAGCGCUGAGGACUUUGUCAGACUGGCCAAAAUAAAAUAUCCCAAGAAAGGAGGCUGAGAGGCUGUGACAGAAAAACAGAAGACAUAAAGGCCGGGAGAGAGGGUGAAGACAUUUUUUUA